GUCCACCAAAUCGAUAUUUCAAGAUGGCGGCCAAGUAGAUGAAAAUAGAUUUUACAAGAAAUUCAGGAACACGGAUAGAAUAUCAACGCUUCUCUCUCUUCUUCGCCCUUUUGAGCAGUCAACAUGGUUCAGUUGAAAGUAGCUAAAUGUCCAUCGGACAAAUUAUCGCUUACUAACUGCCUGAUCGUCAAUGACAACGAUUUCGAUGCGUCCAAAGUCAAGUACGUUGAGGUGAUAGCAGGAGGCUCAAGGCGGUUUAUUUUCACCAUCAAAGUGUCGAAUCUAGUGGACGCAGGUUCUGCUGGUUUUAGUCUUGUACAACGAAAAUGGACGGAAGUAUCUCUCAGCAGUUUCAUAGAAGGUACAUAUUUGUGUAGUUUGAUAAAAGACUCUAGUAGUUUUUAA